AUGUCUCCUAUUCCCCGGCAUGCUGUCAAGCUCACACAAAGGAUCCGUAGUCCUAAUUUGCGCAACCUCACCCUGAGCCUCAUCGAAGACGCUUCUCAGAGGCCUGACCUAGCGCACUUCACUAUCGCCAUCCUCAAGAACCCAUCGCACACGAGCCAUACCGAUCUCAAGCCGUACGCCACAGCUUUGUUUGCAACCGAAGAGCAAUUCAAAAACAACAAGGCUCAAAACAGCCCAUAUCUACCACUAUGA